AUGGUCACGGCUACAUCUGUUUUUCUCCUAUUCCUAUUAACCUCUUGGGUUCAAGCUCAGUAUCUCUAUCCCGUCCAUCCCGUCACAUAUCAUCCAAUAAUCAAUCCAAUGUUUCCGGAUGUUACCCCACCUGGACCGUUCAAUCCUGACUGGGGAGCAAGUGUACUCUACCAGUUCGAGGACGCCUUGGCUCGUCAGAUGCCGCCAUUAUGA